AUGGGCAUCCAGGGCAUGGAGCUGUGCGCCAUGGCCGUGGUGGUGCUGCUGUUCAUCGCCGUCCUCAAGCAGUUCGGCAUCCUGGAGCCCAUGUCCAUGGAAGGCUCAGGCCCAGGGGCUCGAUCCAAAGAGGCAGUUGCAGCCCAGUACCUCUGCACGGACUUUGUGGUUGGCCUCUCCAUCCUGCUGCGAGGAACAGUUCAUGAGAAGCUCAAGUGGGCCUUUAACCUCUACGACAUUAAUAAGGAUGGCUACAUCACCAAAGAGGAGAUGCUGGCCAUCAUGAAGUCCAUCUAUGACAUGAUGGGCCGCCACACCUAUCCGAUCCUGAGGGAGGACGCACCUCUGGAGCACGUGGAGAGGUUCUUCCAGAAAAUGGACCGGAAUAAGGAUGGGGUGGUGACCAUUGAUGAGUUCCUGGAGACCUGUCAGAAGGAUGAGAACAUCAUGAGCUCCAUGCAGCUAUUUGAGAACGUCAUCUAG